AUGAAGGAGAUGCUCGGAGGGUGCUGCGUGUGUUCUGAUGAGAGGGGCUGGACCGAGAAUCCGCUGGUGUAUUGCGAUGGACAGGGCUGCACUGUUGCUGUGCACCAAGCAUGCUAUGGUAUUGUCACUGUGCCAACAGGGCCAUGGUACUGCAGGAAAUGUGAAUCACAGGAACGUAGUGCUCGAGUGCGCUGUGAGUUAUGCCCGAGUCGGGAUGGAGCUCUUAAGAGGACAAAUCAGGCUGGAUGGGCGCACGUUGUAUGCGCUCUCUAUAUUCCUGAAGUUCGGUUCGGUAACGUGACCACAAUGGAACCGAUUAUAUUGGAGCUUGUUCCCUCGGAGAGAUUUAGCAAAACAUGUUACAUCUGUGAGGAGCAAGGUAGAGGUAGCAGAGCAAACGUGGGAGCCUGCAUGCAGUGUAACAAAACAGGCUGCAGGCAGCAAUUUCAUGUUACCUGUGCACAAGCUCUGGGCUUGCUCUGUGAAGAAGCUGGAAAUUACCUCGACAAUGUGAAAUAUUGCGGUUACUGCCAGCAUCACUAUUCGAAAUUGAAAAAGGGUGGUAAUGUGAAAACAAUACCACCGUACAAACCGAUACCUGCCGACAACGGUUCAUCAGAUUCAUCGCCGGAGAAAGAAGCGGAAACGCCAAUAAAGACAAGUGGCAAGCGUAAGAGCUCGAGUUCCAAGUCCAGCGCGAAUUCUAAAAGUAAAUCGAAUGCUAGUCCCAGUUUAGAAAUAAAUGGCGUAGCGGAUGACAAGAGUGGUAACAGCGGUCGCAACACGCCCAAGGACAAUUCCACUAGCUCCAGCAAAUUCACGACCUCCAACUUCGUCGAGACCAUCGUUACACAAUCGGAGAGUGUGUUUGGACACGACGGUAGCGGCACGGUCACCACUGUCACCACGACAAUGACUGCUUCCACGAUAAAGACAAACGCUGGCAAUUCCAAUGCGACGCACAAGAACGUUGGAGGUCAGGGAAAGUCUAAUUCGUCGGCCUCCAACAAGACGUCGAGCCACAGUAAGAAAAGGAAGACUGGAGCGCGUACUCCGACUGUAAUAGGAAAUGAAAAUUCGAAUCAAUCGGCCAGCUCGGAGGCCAGCGGCUCGGUCGUGAUGGCAGUCAGCUCUGUGGUGCAACAACAGACCGUCCCAAGUAACAACGUGCAACCAACAAUCACUGAAGCCACUAGCUUAAGCAUAACGACAGAACCGGAAAAGUCAAAGAAGCUAAAAGUUGAGAGUCCGAUUCAGUCGUCGUUGAACACACAAGUAGCCCCAGAGGUGACCACCACGCCUGUGAUAAUGGCGGUGACGCAAUCACAAUCUUCGGUCGUAACCCAGUCGCCGACGACUACGUCGAACAGCAUCGUCGUGUCUGUGCCGUUGAUCGCUACCUCGCUCGCCGGCGCCACGGUCCAGAGCGUGGUGACGAGCGCGCCGACUAUGUAUCAACAGCUACAACAGAGCAUAAUCACCACGGCCGCCAACACCGAGCCGCGGUCAAGCGCGAUACCGAGUACCGAGAGGUUUGCCACUGGGGACGCGCCGAUAAAACGAUCUCGUUCCCAGUCAUCGGACAAGCAGGAGAAACCUCGCAAGCCAAAGCGCGGCUCAUCUGCCAACAGCCAACAAUCACUGCCACAGUCGCAAACUACAGCCUCAUCGAUCGUAACCUCUGUAUCCAGCACCGCGGUCGUGACGACGUCCAAGAGGGGCGCGAGGAACAAUCAUCAGACUCCGCCGCCUGCCGCCACGGUGGCCCCGGUGCCGUCAAUCAUUCAGGGCCCUGCAUCCGCUACUGUCGGCCAUUUCAGUAGCAUCGGCGGCGGCGGCGGCGGUCUAGGCUCUGUGAACAUCAUGGGACCGACCGUCAAGGAGUCGCCGCCCAGCAGUCCUGGAUCAGAGAGUAUGAGCAGCAGCACGGGUAAACGAAAGAGAAAAGCUGCCGCGUCCACGCCCAUUCCGUCUGCAUCGACCACACCGACCGCUAUUGCUAACGCCACAAUAAAAGAAGAAAAUAAUGUGAAAUUAUUUCAAAAUGGAGUCAGUGCACCGCACAUGUUGGGAAAUCAAUUGAAUCCCACUUCGACAAUGGCACAGAAGAUGUCGGACACACUUUCACAAGAGCUUGAGGCCCAUUCUAUUUUUACAGAGGCGAGUAACUCCAAUACAAGCUUGAUCGGACCACAGCUGCACAGUCGAGUAAUAGCAUCUAUACGAUCUAGCCAAUCAGGCGUGCCACCCACUUCGUUCUCUUCAGUCUUCUCCACGAACAGUGGUGGCAUAGGUCUCAGUACAGCCAGUACUAGCGGGACUUUGACGAGCGGAGCAGUUCCGCAAACUCUCGAUCAGCUUCUGGAAAGACAAUGGGAGCAGGGAAGUCAAUUUCUGAUGGAACAAGCUCAACAUUUUGACAUUGCAUCCCUGCUUUCCUGCCUACAUCAAUUGAGAGCUGAGAACCUUAGGCUAGAGGAACAUGUAAAUAAUCUCCUGCAAAGGAGAGACCAUUUAUUGGCUGUGAAUGCUAGACUCGCUAUUCCGUUGACAUCUCAACCUAGUUCACACCCAGUGAAUAAUAUACAUCCAGCAGUGAAUCCGGCUCAUCCUAGUGUUUCGCACUCAGAAGUGCCGCCCGGCGCUCCGGCGCCAGGACCUAGGGUGAGCCGCGAACGAGUGAAUAACACGUACAUGCCCCAUUCGAGUUCCAGUAGUCACUCAACGACAUUAGAAAACGGUUUACCGCCGGAUCCUUCCCCGCCCGCGGCCGCUUCUCUCGCCCAGUAUCACCGAGGAUCGUUGGUCGCUCCUCAACCAAGUCCUACAAUAAGGCACAGUCCAGCUGGAGCCGGAUACCUUCAGGGUCAACCGAGCAACAUAGUAUCACCGGCGCCGGCGAAUACCUCCGGCGUAGUACGGAAUUCGUCCGUCACACCAGAUCCACUUCGUGGAGUACCGAGGUCGGCGUCGCAGCCGUCGAGCAAUUACAUACCGUCAAUGUAUCAGCCUACCAUGUCCAGCCUCACCAGCAAUCAAGUGAGCGGUGUUCAUAAUCUUCACUCGCACGGACCCUCACCGACUAGCCACGGGCCGCCGGGCAAGCCCAGCUGAAGGUAGAUACAAGCUCGACGUGGUAGUUACGAAUCUUAAUGAUUAAAACAAGAUUCAUAUACGUUAUUCACAACAUCAAUGGAUCCAAUCUCACCGCAAGAGAGACCUAACUGUGCUUCUUCGACGAGAUAUACAUUUUUCUACGCCACGUUUAUCGGCAAUUGUUUUCUUAUCUAAUAAGAAAUGUCACUUUAGUGAUGUCGAUUGCAGUUUACAAAAUAUAUAUCUCAAUUUGUAUCUUUUCACAAAGUAUCUUAAAGUUGUUACAUACACAUAUGUAUUAAUCAUAUAAACACUGUACAAAUUUAAGUAUUUGGCACGUAUAUGAUAGAGCGUUUUUAUCGUGGAUCUCUGAUUAAAAUGCAGUGUUCGUGUACGCAUCAAAUCGAGCAUUUACCAUAGUUCUUUUUGCUAUCUUUCUAUUUUUUUACCUUGUUGAACUUUUAUACGUACAUUAGCUAUAUGUACAUUGCAACUGUAAUAAUAUACUGAAGGCUCAAAUAGAAUACAUAAUCAAGCGUAAAGAUUUACAAUUCAAAAAACAGUUACGAAGAAGCAGUUAGGAAGACUUGUCUCUAAUAAUAAAAACAUUUUGUCAUGAAACAAAUUAUAAAAUUUUAUUAAUUUAUUAAAAUGUUCAAUUAAAAUUGUUAAUGUAAUAAUUUGGAUUUUUUUAAUUGCAAAAAUUAGGCAUAUUUUUUUGAGACAUACUCUUUAUCUCUUCUUGUAGGCAUCAUCAUCAUUGAACAGCAAAUCCACAGAUGUACAAAUCUUAGAUUGUAAGUUAAUCUAUCGCGUUAAAUAGCAAUAAUACAGUAGGUGUACAUCCUAACGACGCGUAUUUCUGGUGGUGCGACAAAAAGAUACACGAAAUUUCGUGAGAAAGGAAAGAGAAGAAAAGUGAAGAACACUGGAGAUUGCGCGCGCGAGAGGAGAGAACACUGGUUACAUUGAUUUCGAUGAGUUUGUCGUGCAAGCAACGAUUCCUGUGGUGUAUCCAGAUGUUUUAUGAGAGUUGUAAAGCCACAAUUGUAAAGCCAACUGCUUUCCUUUCUUUACCGUACCACCAUUGAAAUAAUACCGCAACGUGUGUACUAUACGACAAUGAUGAUAUUGAGUGCAACCUAUUUCAAAGCUAAUUUAAUUGUAUAUUCUAAUCUUAUACACACACGUAAAAAAGGAGAAUGGGGAGUACCCAGAUAUGUACAAGACGAGCACUGCCUUUCGCCAACAAGAGCUGUGAAGUAGGUUGAUCGCAAUUCGACAUUUUCUAGCGAACGCAUGAUCGUUUCGUGAAAUAUCAUCUGCCGUCCCUUCACCCCAUUCCCCCUUUCCAUUCAGCUUCCUUUUUCAAACUUAUAGAUUUUAUCGAUUCUUUAUCAUCAUUAUGCAUAAAUUCAAAGAAUGCGUACAGGAGAUAUUGUGCCAUCGUUUGAUCUAUGAAAUUAGAAACAUAAUAUAUAAUUUCACUAUCAUUAUAUUGUCGAUUAUUUGACUAUUUUAAUAAUUACAAUGGCUCCGUGGUCGAUAAUAUUGUUUGUAUUUCAAGAACUUACAGGAAAUAGACCUGUAAUUGCAUAUAUUUAAUACAAUUUGUGUUUAUCAAAGUUUAAUAUUGGAGAAAAAUAAAUUAAACUAUUUAUUGAUAUAAUUUCUCUUCAAUUUACGGAUGAAUUAAAUUCUCCAUUAAUCAUUUAAUUCAAUUUAUUUAACUCAUUAGAAUUUAAGAUUAUGCUAAAUCCAAGGACCUAAAACUAUAUUAACUGGAAUGCUAGUAUAGGUGAAUUAUCAUCCAAGUACUAAUUCAAGUUUAGCACAGUUUUUGUUAUUAAAUGUUGAUAACUUGAAAUAACAUUUAAGAGGGGAAGGUCAUGUAAUCGAAUGAAAAAAGCUGAUUUUCAUAAAUUUUUUUGCUGUACAAAACUUUUAAUAAACUGUCCAUAACUUUUUUCAUAUAUUUCUUAUAAUUCGUAAAUGUAGAAAAGAAUUUUUUAAACCAAGUUAGUUUAAAUAUGGCGGCGUAAUGACGCUCGCUCUCCAAGUCCUUGUUUUUGAGAGGGUCAAAUGGCGUGCAAUGUAGUAUUUUUUUAUCUCAUGUUGAAAUAAAAAAAAUCAAACAAAUUAGUUUUUUGAUAAAAUUACACACUGAAAGUACCUAAAUCCGAUAGUAAAAAGUACUAAAAUAAAAAUUCUACGCAGUUUUGAAAAAAAUGUUGAAUUUUUGCAAAAAAUUUUCAUUUUUAUCAUAUGAAAAAAAUAAUGUGAAUAGUUAUUCUUGCAAGUUUUACAGGUACUUUCGGUGGAGAAUUUAGUGAAAAAUAAGUAUGCACCGUCUCAGCUAUAUUGAUCGAAUAUUUUUUGAGUUAUAUUGCCGUUUUAAAAGACGUUUCGAAAACGUCUUUUAAAACGGCAUUUAAAGUUUGAACCGCACAUGACUAUUGGAUGUGCACGUAUGAACUUGUCUAUAGGAUCAUUAAUGUGUCGAUCUUCAAUACGAGGACUUGAAAUUUGAAUUUUUGAAAUGUUUUAGUAUAUAUGCAAUUUAAAAAAAAAAUUGAUUUUUACAUGACCUUUCUCUCUUAAUAAGAUUUUUUUACAAUAAAAAAUAGUGCUCAAUUAUUUUACUUUGCAAUUUAUAAAGUAGAUAUAAAAAAAUAUAAAAGAAUUCUUAAUUAUGUGAGCGUUAAUAUAAGAAAAAAAUUAGUAACAUUCCAGGAUUAAGUCGAAAAUGAAAUAAAGUUUGACCAAAGCCUUAUUAGGCCUGAUACACAAUACUGAGCUGGAAAUGACAAUCUAGUGGGCGUCACUGAGAAACUCUUUAUAAGUACAGUUAAUAAUAUUGUCAGUAUCAACAGAUACUGACAAUAUUAUUAAUUGUAUGUGAUUAAUAUUGAUGGACUGAUAUAAAAUAUUGACUAGAUUUUUUUAUUCUCAAAUAUCAAUAUCGCUGUAUGAUAGAGUUAUUGACAACGAUAAUGAUUGUGAUGAUGUAUAAUAAAGACGCGUCAGUAUUUCUGUAUAGUUCCACGAUCUAUUAGUUUGAGGACUUAUACAAUCUCACUACUUAACUUAUUCAAUUAUUAUUUAACAAAUUAAAUAAAUUGAACUAAAUAAUAAAUCAAUUCUGUACAUUAGGGAUGCAAUGGGCGAUUUGCAACAUCUAACUUUAAUAUUUAAAAAAUUUAAAAAUAAACUGAAUUAUUAGCACCAAUUUGUUUUAACGUGUACAUAAAGUAGAACAAUAUAUAUAUAUAUAUCACAUAUUUUAUAAAUAUAUGUUUUAUUACAUAUAUAAAUAAAUAUUUUUAAAGUUCUACAUUUAGCUACUACGAUUCGCGGUAUAACUUCAAUUUUCACAUUUGGUGCGCCAAAAAAUCUGUUACGUUUUUCAUGCUGCAUCAAUUUAUGAAACAGGAUCAACCACGAGAGUAAUUGUAAUUAUUUUAUGGAUUAUUAUAUAUUUAUAGCCGUUUACAGUUUUUUUUACUUUCUCGUGAUCAGAUUUUGUAGUAAUUAUCUUAUAGUCACGGAAUUGUGGUUAUAAUGUUAUUCGAGGGCAUAAUGAAAAAUUAUAAACAAGACCGAACCACGGCACAAAUCUUAACAAUGCAAAUAUUUAAAAACUUGUGAAUAUUUGUGCGAUACAUAUUAUAUAUGUAUAUGUGUAUGUAUUGAGAUCGCGACACACGCGAGUAAUCCUGUAAGAUAUGAAACGCACGAUCGUAUAAAGUCAGAGCUACGUUGCUUAAUGAUGUAAUAUGCGUACAUGUCGAAAUUGAAAUUCGUUUUGCUGCGUUUCCUGCGGAGAUAACCUUCGAUUUUCCGUUUGCACUAUCAUUGUCUAUUGAUUUCCGAGAGCGUGCGACGCCAUUGUGCAAAUCGCAAAAUCAAAAGUGCUAGAUAGUAGAACAUUUUUAGGAGAUAAGACUUGAUAAGGAAAAAAUGUAAGGUAUUCCGCUCAAAGGCUACGGUAUAUAUAGUAAAAUGUAGCUCGUUUAUAAGUCGGCAUUGAGAUUUGUAUGUGAAAGCGCAAACAAAUCACACAGAAACGGCACGCAAUGUAAAACGACAGUUGUAAAGGGAGAGGGAAGAAAAAAGGAUCGAAAAAGUGUUCGCUGCGAUCGGCCUGAAUACAUAAUUCACGGAUAGUAUCUCGUCGUGUCGUUGAAAUUGCGGGGAACGGAGAAAGAGGGAGAUGACAUAGUAUUCAUAAACGUCAAAAAGAAAGAAAAAGGGAAAAAAUGAAGGGGGUCCACUCGCAGGAUGAUAUGUCCCAUGCUGUCGCUUUAUUUUUGCACCACGGUUACGAGCAUAAUACGAGAUUUCUCAGCCUCGCAAAACAUUAGUUAAACGAUGGACUAUAUAAAUAUGACAUACGUACAUAUGUUCGAAUUCAUCGUACAAAAUUGAAAUUUUCCCGAAACCACCUAUCAAGCGAUUACGAUAUAUUGUUUGUCGAGCGGCACAGAAGUGGUAGGAAUCGACUGAUUACAUUCUACCGUAUUGUGUUCUUUGUCGUGAUCCGACAAUGUGUUCUCCAAAUCGAUAUAUCAAUUUUCCUCCCACAUUUUUUUUUUAUUUUUUUUUAUUUACAAGACACUAGAUGUAACACAUAAUUACGUAAAAGUAUUAGCUCGCAUCGACUCGAACACGUUUAGGGGUGGUUAAGGGACGAUAGGAUAUAAAAUAAGAGAAUAUCAAUUGUACUGUCGACUAAAAUUUGUAAGUCCGAUUAGCAAUUAGAGAGAUGGGAUUUUUAAACGAAAGAAAAAGCUCUAAUUAGGAACUCUAGAUUUAUAAAUUGUAUGAUAAAAGUAAUAUUGUAUAUUCGACGAGAAAGAGAGAGCGAGGUGUGCGGGAGGAGGGAAGGGGAGUAGACAUGAAAACACCAAACCUACAGAAUAGCUUAUCACCACUCAGGGAGAAUCAGUUUAACUAUGCAAAAUUCUGCCGAGUUUUCCUUGUGGGCGUCGAUUGUGCGCGCGAGUACGUAAUAACAGUUGUCGAAUUGUCGUGCAUUCUCGAGAACCACAUUUUGAUUACCGUAUGGUUUUUUAAUGAAGUACUAUUACACAAUAAUUCAUUUUGAAAAAUGUUUAAUCUUAAUUAUACUAUUAAUUAUAACUAUAUUACAAUGUCUUGUUUCCGUCUCUGUUUCUUAAAAUACUUAAAAAGGCUUUACUUUUAAGCGGUAUUUAGAUUUAUAAUAUUAUAACGUUUAAAACUGAAAUCUUUGAAACACCCUUAAGAGAACAUUAUAUUAUCGUUUCGUGGACUAAAAAUAAGAUUAUUUUUAUGAAUUUUUUUUAUUAAAAAUACUAUGCAAGCGAUUAAUAUAAAACUUUAUAUAAUGUUUUAUUAAUAUAUUUAGUAAUUUCUGCGAGUGCAAAUAAUAAAAAUUGUAAUAAUUAUAAUAACAAUGUGCAUGCGACGUGUUCGAGCGCAUAUGGUUUUGUGGUUUUCAUAAAAUCUCGACACUCGUGAUCUGAAAUAAAAAAUCAAGUAGAUGUUCAAUUAUAUCUUUGAAACUAGAAUUAUGAAAAACAUUUUUUUCCAAUAAUUUUAACGCAUAUAAAAAUCGCCAAAAAAAUUAAAUUUAACAUUAAAAGAAAUAAGAAAAACAUUAACAUUUUAAUUUUAAUGGUUCUAACUAGAAAGAAAUGUAUUUGAAAUGUGUAGUUACAGACACUGAUUAGUGUUCAUUGAUUUUGUCUGAAAUUGUGGGAACCAAUUUAAAAAACAUGAUUUUAGUUUUGAAUACAACUUGAUUAUAUGUUUCUGUACUUACGUAAAGUUUAGUUUAAUUAUCGAUUCCAGGCCUAUACAUAUAGCGUGCCUUCUACAAUCUAGAAAAAUUUGUUUUUAUCCUCUCUUCUCUAGCAGCUGCUUCCUGAACGUCUUCACUUAAUUCGGCGAUUUACAUGAUACUGUCGUUAUCUACCUCGAAACUCAUAUUGUUUGCAUUGCGAUGUCCGAGGCAUAUAAUGCCCAAGGCAUAUAUAAAUCUACAAAAUAAAUUAAAGCUUUCUCCCGAGACACCUAAUAAUCGCAUUGCCAUCACUAUUUGACGAUUUGUUUCGAAUUUGAAUUUAGGACACAACAUUACAAUUUUUAUACCGCAAUCUUCAAGUCCACGAUUUCCAGUUCCACCAAAAACUGCACAUCUUUCUUUUCACUCCCGUCAGAUUUCUAUCUGCGAGAUUAUUACUGAAAAACGGGUAUAAAAUUGAUAAGGCGAUAGUCACGAAUAGUGUGGAUGAUAAAUCUAUAUUCGUGUGCAACUUUCUUACUGACGUGCUAACAAAAUCAGUUUCAAUCUCUAAGGUUCCCACAAAAUUUUCUCUUCCACUGGCGAUUUAUACGAUUACAUCUUAAUCUUUUCAAUCCCUUUUUUACUCAGUACGUUUGUACAAGUUGAGAUUUGAAUGAACACUAAACAUAAAAUAUCAUUGUAUUGAAACUUUGGGAGACCCGGUGUGUGUGAAUGCUCCGAUUUUGACCUACGAGCCGUUUCGAAUAAAAGGCUGUAACUUUUGUAAUUUUCUGGAUUUUCGAUGAAAUUUAACGAUAGAUUUUUGAAAAGUACGUGUACUUUCAUAUAUAAAAUGCAAAAACUUGAUCUUUUUACACUUGAAAUAAUGACCUCUUAAAGGUUUUAAAUCUAAAACGUUUAAAAUUAAAAUAUUUUUCAUCAUUGAAAAAAUGGAGACAGAAAUAAAGUGUUUAAUAGUUUAAAAAUCUUAAAAUUAAACAAACUUAUUUUUUUAGUGUUGUGUGUGUUCAAUGCAAAGAAUUAUUUCUUUUAAUUUUUGUCACCGUUUUUUCGUCAUUGUAUUUCUAUUUGAAUUUUUAUCAUAUCUACGUGAAUUGAAAGUUCUGCUUGACGAAUGUCUCGGGAAGAUUCCCGCGAGUUUGUAUUUCGCACGACAAUCAAGUCAUGGUGUUGUUGAAAUUUAGAGAAUGCAUCUCUCAAGAAUGCACGAUGAGAGGUAUCGAACUUCAAACGAAUGCGUAUUGCUCGUACUGAUUUGGUGAAUUUCAUGAUUGACGACCUUGUCGAAAGUUCGCUAGGAUUUCCAAAAAAAGAAAUUAGAAAAAGAUUUAAAAAAAGAGUAAAAUGCGUGAUUUUGCGACCCGACAUCGCGUUUGUACUACUGAAGAGUAUUUUAUGCAUUAUCAAUAUAGUUGAUUGUAUCGUUAGGGAAAUAUAUUAUACGUACGGUACGUGCGCGAGGGGCACACAAUUACAGGAAAUAAAAAAACUGCGGGGAAUAGCAGUUGUGUACGAUAUCCUAGCAGAGAGGGGCGGAGGAAAAGAAAGGGGGGACAAAAAAAAGAAAAAAAAAGAAUUGAAGUCACAGAGCAGUACGAUGAUAUUUUUUCACAGCUGAUCAGUGCCAAAUUUUUUCAAUCGAAUCAUUAAAACUUCUCGAUUCCUUAGGCGGCUUUCGUGUCGAGGCGUACAUGUAGAACGUAGGAGAGAACCCGGCGAUCGCGAGAGAUGAAAGGAAUAAAAAAAAAAAAAAAAUUAUUUGCACAUCUAUUUAGUCAUUGACACGGAUAGGAGUCGAUCGUCAUCGUCAUCGCAUCGUGUUUGUGCAUGCAUGUGUGUAUGUGUGUGUGUGUAUGUAUAUAUGUGAGUCAGUGAGUUUUCUUUCCAUUCGAGACUGCGAGCGUCGAUCUUUUUUUUUCUCUCUUUUUUUUUUAUUUUUCUGUUAAUUACACCUAUCGUGUCGCGUCAUUUCUGCCAGGUGGUGCAAGGAAGGAAGGGGGAAGAGAGUGGGACAGCGAGGAGUCGAUCGGUUGUUUCUACGCUUCUGUGUUCAAUCUCCAACUGCCAGAGAUAUAAAACAAAACAAUUGUGUUCCUAAUCAUCCGAAAAUCGGACCCUCGCGUCCGCGGGCGUUAAAUUAAUUAAGUAAUUUUUUUGUUUUUUUUUUUGUAUGUCCAAAGCCUUUUUUGACGGCGCGCGGAAAAGACGAGGAAAUCCAACAUUGACGAUACAACGGCGUAGCAAUUUGUGCGCGUAGACUUUACUUUCGUAGAUAAGAUCUUACCUAAGAGCGAUGCGUUAAAUCUUAUGUAAUGGACACUUUUACCAAAUAAAUUGUCACUUUCCGAGUA